UACUGUUCGAUGUCUUCAAAUUAUAAUGCCACAAAAUGUUAAUACGAAUCCUAAUGAGCCACCAAUUGUUGAACCACCAGUUCCUUUAAUAGUUACAGGUUCAAGAGAUUCCACUUUAAAAGUUUGGCGCUUGCCAAGCCUUGAAAAAAAUGAUCCUCAUUAUCAGCCUACAAUUCCGUCAUCGCCAUCCGACAAUUCUCAAUAUACGGACAAUAAUCCUUAUUUUGUUCGUACGCUUCAGGGACAUUCGCAUUCAAUUCGAGCUUUAGCAGGAGUUGGAAACACUUUAGUAAGCGGAAGUUACGACUGUUCUGUAAGGGUUUGGAACAUUAUGACUGGUGAAUGCCUUUGGCGAUUAAUCGGACAUACACAAAAGGUAUAUUCUGUCGCUUUAGAUGCAAAACGAAAGAGAUGUAUGAGUGGAAGUAUGGAUGGUACAGUAAAGGUAUGGAGUUUAGAGGAUGGGACAAUUGUAUGGACUUUAGAAGGUCAUUCUUCCCUUGUCGGUCUUCUCGAUCUUUCUCAUGACUAUCUUGUUUCCGCUGCUGUUGAUUCUAGCCUUCGCAUAUGGAAUCCUGACGAUGGAACUUGUAAACAUGUUUUGACAACACAUUCUGGUGGUGCUAUUACAUGUUUCCAACAUGAUGAGAGCAAAGUCAUAUCAGGAUCUGAUGGAACUCUUCGAAUGUGGGAUGUUAAGACAGGUCGUCACCAACGAGAUUUAUUAACUGGUUUAAGUGGAGUCUGGAAAGUUAAAUUCGAUGAACGGAGAUGUGUUGCUGCAGUUCAAAGAAAUUCUGUAACGUGGUUUGAU